GCCGACGGAGUGCCUCACGCCGUUGAUGGGGCUGACGCCAUGCAUGGGCUACCUCACCAACACCAGCGUGGCGACGCCCCCGGCCGCGUGCUGCGGCGCCUUCAAGUCUCUGGUGGACAACGCCCCUAUCUGCCUCUGCCACGGCCUGAACGGGGACAUCAACAAGAUCAUGCCCGCGCCCAUGGACUUCAUGCGCAUGAUGUCCCUCCCGGGAAACUGCGCCGUCCCGCUGCCAAUGCAGACGCUUGCCCAGUGCGCCACGGCACCUGUGCCACCACUGGACCCUCCUACCACCCCAGCAGCCCCAUCUCCAAAGCCAUCACUGUAGAAGCAAGGGUGCUGAGCAGUUCGAGGAAGCAGCAGAAGCAAGAGGAUCCAUCGAUAUGAAGUCCGAUCGAGACGAUGAAUUAGUUGUCAAUCACAUACUACAGUACUUUCGGUAUAGUUAGGGAUAAGAUAUCUUUACAUCUUAAUAUAGGUUAGUGUCUUAUACAUCCAUGUGUG